AUGGAUUCCCUAAUUCACAAAUUAUUACAAUCUCAAAAACAAAUUCAAGCUGCAAUUUCAAACGAUCCGCAAACUUCAAAAGAAAUUGAAGUUGAUUCUGCAAUUGAUGUUGAUUUAAACAACGAUUCUAUGCAACAAACCCUAAAUUGCAGGCAAUGUGGCAAUAAUAUUGACCUAAAUUGCGAAAUCAAUGACAAUGCAAUGCAUCAAAACCUCAAUUCAGCUGAUGAAGUGCAAAUCUCGGUGGAUGAAGAGCAAAUCUUAGAGGAUGAAGAUUCAACUUCUGAAGUCAUUGAAACCAAUAUUGAUGUUGGGAGAACAUUAUUAGGCAUCAGAACAAAAACCUUAGAAGAAAUGCAUGAGAUUUACAAAAAACAUGCAUCAAUUGUAGGAUUUUCAGUAAGGAAACAUACAGGUAGGACUAGGGAUAAAACUAGAAAAGUUAUUGUGGAGAAAUACUAUGUUUGUUCUGCACAAGGUAAAACAAACACUGGGGAAAGAAAAAAGAAAAAAAUAGAAGCAAUUGUGGAGAAUGCAGAAAAGAAAAAGAAAAGAAAACCUAGGCAAGUUCCUAUCACAAGAACAGAUUGUAGAGCUUGUAUAAGAGUCAAGAUGAAUGAGGAUGGAUUGUUUGAAGUAGUACAACAUGUUUUGGUACAUAAUCAUGAACUCACAAGAAAACAAUGGCACUAUCUUCAUCGAUCUGAAAGAGAGAUGACGGAAGAAAAGGGACAAGUAAUAGAAAACUUGCAAAAGUCAGGACUUUCAGCUAUGGACUCAUAUCGAGCUAUGUGCAAUGAAGCUGGAGGUAAAGAAAACUUGGGACACACAAAGAAAGACCAUCUGAAUUAUUGGACAAGGUUGAAAAUGAAAAAUAUUGAAGGUGGUGAUGCACAAGCUGAUUAG